AUGGGCUUUCACAAGUCAUCUAUGAAUAUAAAGCUCAAAGACAGCCAUGUGCUCACGGCAUACUGCGCCCGUCCGACAGGUGAAGCUCGCUACUCGGAGCUAGAUCUCAAUGAGUUCCUAGGGGUCCGAAAAGGCAAAUUAAAAUGGGGCGGUCACGAUUUCACGCAAUCCGCGGAUAAUAUUCAUCUCGAAUGGGAAGGAGAAAUCCAGCCACAGAAUCCGAUUCUCCAUGCCAACGUGCAGGUGGAUCCUAAGGGAGUCGAGAGCUCGGAGUCGUCGGUGAAUUUGGCUGAUUGCAUCAAGAACGAAGAUGGUCAGCUUCGAUUUAUGGAUUGCUUUUGA